GAGCACUCGAGCACUUGAACAUGCCAGCACGACUUUUUCCUUUUUCCAUCACCUAUUGCUGCUGUUUGUGUUGAAACUGAUUUGUAGGCUCGGCAUUGGUUUUAUUGAGUUGAUUAUUAUUUACUUUAAAGAAGCUAGUUUUCGUUUCUGUGGAAAUAGCAAGCAUUGAAACGCGUUUCUCAAGUUAGAAACAUCUUGAUUGCCUAAUUCUUGCAUCUUCAUCUCCUUUUACUUUGAUAGUGACAUUUACUGUUUGUUGCGGUUUUUUUCUCUGUUUAACAAGUGUAUUCUCGGAAAAGCGUAUUUCAUGCCUCCGAAAUUUUCAAGCUAUUAUGAUCCCCGCGACGAAGACAGUGCGGUAGACAAUGACAAUCCGUUCGCAAAUGCGAAUCAAUACUAUUCCCGGGAUACAGACUUGUCGACAAGAAUCAAGUCGAACCGUGCUCGUACUCUUUCCACCUCGGCAGAUGCAGGCUUAGAAGCUGCUGCAGAAUUGCGCCAACAGUAUGUUCGCCGUCGUGGCAGUUUGGACGAACACAAGCAACCCAGAAAGUUCUUGGUUGACGUUGAAAAAACUCUAAAAUCUCUACUGGAAUCAGAGGACACGGACAAGAACAUGCAGAUUACGAUUGAGGACACUGGACCCAAGGUUGUUUCAUUGGGCAGUGCGAGUUCGGGCGGUUAUCGCUUGUACGAGCUCCGUGGAACAUAUCAACUUUCCAACCUACUUCAGGAGCUUACUUUAGCCAAGGACUAUGGCCGCCGUUACGUUUUGAUCGACGAACGUCGGCUCAAUGAGAACCCUGUGAAUCGUUUGUCUCGGCUCAUCAAGGGCACAUUUUGGGAUGCCUUAACCCGCCGCAUCGAUGCGAGUUCUUUGGAAACCAUUUGCAAAGAUACGAAGGAUCGUUCUGGUGGCAGGGUGAAUCGUAUUUAUGUACCCAAGGCCGAGCAGGAAAUGUACGAGUAUUAUGCAAAAGUUGCAAACGAGAAGCCUGAUCUGAACCUUGUUGUCGAGUACUUGCCUGAAGACAUUACUCCGGAAUGGGUACGAGAUGUUAAUGACAAGCCUGGUCUGUUGGCUUUAGCUAUGCAGCGCUAUACAGAUGAGAAUGGCAAGACCGAACUUCGUGGAGUUCCUUUUGUUGUCCCCGGUGGCCGGUUUAAUGAACUUUAUGGAUGGGACUCUUACUUCGAAUCUCUUGGUUUGCUGAUUGACGGGCGUGUGGAUUUGGCGCGUUCGAUGGUUGAGAACUUUAUUUUCGAAAUUAAAUAUUACGGAAAGAUUCUGAACGCCAAUCGUACGUACUACCUUCUGCGUUCUCAACCGCCCUUCCUUACCGAUAUGGCUCUUCGCGUGUAUGAACGGUUGAAGGAUCCGAAGGAUGCAAAGGAUUUCCUAUACCGUGCUUUCUGUGCCGCGAUUAAGGAAUACCAUACUGUGUGGACAAGUCCUCCUCGUCUUGAUCCAAAAACCGGUCUCUCUCGGUAUAGACCCGGCGGUUUGGGUAUCCCGCCAGAGACAGAGGCUGCUCAUUUUGAGCAUUUAUUGAAACCCUACACCGAAAAGUAUAACAUGACACUUGAAGAGUUUACGCAUGCUUAUAAUUAUCAAGAGGUGUCGGAACCCGCUCUUGAUGAGUACUUUUUGCAUGAUCGCGCUGUCCGUGAAAGUGGCCAUGAUACAACAUAUCGGUUGGAAAAAGUCUGUGCCGAUCUUGCUACUGUUGAUCUUAACUCUUUGCUUCAUAAAUAUGAGACUGAUAUCGCUCGUGUCAUUCGUGAAGAAUUCGACGAUCAUUUCAUUAUGCCCAAUGGCAGUGUGGAAUCAUCUGCCAUCUGGGACCGCAGAGCCCGAGCCCGUCGCCAUGCCAUGGAGCGAUACAACUGGUCAGAAGAAGACGGAAUGUGGUACGACUACAAUACGAAGACUGAGACGAAGAGUUCCUACGAAAGUGCCACGGCCUUUUGGGCCCUCUGGGCUGGAGUUGCCACUCCAAAGCAAGCAGCGAAAUUUGUGGACAAGUCUUUGCCCAAGUUCGAAGUGCUUGGAGGUCUUGUCGCCGGUACAAAAAGCAGUCUUGGUCAAGUUGGAGUAGAUAACCCGAGUCGUCAAUGGGACUAUCCCAACGGUUGGAGUCCUCAACAAAUCCUCGCUUGGUAUGGUUUAAUGCGUUACGGUUAUGAAGAUGAAGCGAAACGCUUGGUGUACCGCUGGCUAUACACAAUCACCAAAGCAUUCGUCGAUUUCAAUGGCAUUGUCGUUGAGAAAUACGAUUUAACUAGGGCGCAUGAUCCCCAUCGUGUCACGGCUGAAUACGGAAACCAGGGCGUGGACAUUAUGGGUGUCGCUAGAGAAGGCUUUGGAUGGGUGAAUGCUAGUUACCAGAUUGGCCUUACCUUCUGUAAUUCUCAUAUGCGCCGUGCGUUGGGAGCAUGUACAGAACCUGAUGUCUUCUUUAGCGGUGUCAAGGAGGAGUCCUUACCAAAGUUUGAAAACCUAUCUCUCGGUCAGAACUAGAUAUGAGGAAAUUGAUGGCUGUUCUGUAGUAUAGCUAUUCUACUUUAUGAUAAAUGACAAAAUUAAACUAUUGAACUAUCUUAUAACACUGUGCUGUUUAAGUUUACAUAAUUAUAAAAGCGUUUUUUUCCCACUACA